AUGUCCUCCAUCACAAUCGCAUCUCUUCCCCGCAUGACCCGCGACGUUCUCUCGUCCUUGCUCCUCUCGUCAAGCACAAGCAACCUCGCCAUCAUUGACGUCCGAGACUCUGACCAUAUUGGCGGCCACAUCCACACGUCAACGUGGGUCCCCAGUUCAUCACUCGAAUACCGCAUGCCCGAACUCAUUCGCACCCUCAAGAAAAAAGAAAAAGUCGUCUUUCACUGCGCGCUCAGCCAGCAAAGAGGCCCGUCUGCAGCCCUGGGAUACGCGCGCGAGCGUGAACGUACUCUGGGGGUGGAAGAGAGUAAGAAGCAAGAAAUAUACGUCCUGGAGGGUGGGUUUGUGCAGUGGCAGGAGAAAUAUGGGAAAGAUACGAGACUGACAGAGGCAUAUGUGGAGGAUAUUUGGCAGGAGUAUUAG